GCAAAGGUGACGGCACGUUUAGGGGAAUCACACAUGGAUUAUGAGGUUGUUCAUGCCUCACCACAUUAUUUUAUGAUUAUCAAUAAUCAUUGGACUUUCAAAUAGCUUCAAAGGUGCUGGUAGUGAAACACUGUAAUGUUAUGUUCCUAGAGAGGAACUACUACAGAAUUACUACUGUAUUACUAGCCUACUACUGUAUUCUAGAACCCACAUUACCUUCCCUUUACUGCAUAUCAAGCAGGUUAUCAGGUUAUCAACAGCAUGUCCUAUACUUUCACUCAUGGUGUAUUUCUUGUCUCUUGUCCAUCCCAUCCUCACUAACAGCCUAGAGUGGAGGAGAAGCGUGAUUUCCUGUUUGGGGUUCUCUGUGGGAUGGCCCUGUACAACAACAACAUGGUGCACUUCCCCCUUCACCAUGGCAUUCUUCAAGAAGCUGGUGAACAUCAAGCCCUCUUUAGAGAACUUGAGAGAGUUUAGCCCCAUUGAAGCAGGGAAGAAGUUUGUUGACACCUAUGUGAACUACAUCUUCAACCAGUCAAUAGAGAAGGUGUUUGAAGAGUUCAGGAAAGGCUUCUUCAAGGUGUGUGACAUGGACGUGGUGGAGUUCUACCAGCCAGAGGAACUGAGGGGAGUGUUGGGGAAGGAGAACGUCGACUGGGAAACGCUGAAACAGCUUCCCAUAUACCCCUUCAAAGAGACACUACAGAACCAGCUUAUAGAGCCACAACAGAAGCUUCUGGAAUGAAUAAGGGUGUAUAAUGUUGCUGCUCUAUUUUACACACCUCUCCUGUGUUCAUCUUUUCAUUGUUCCAUAGUUGGGUUUAAGAUUUUGAUUGUUUUAAUGUAGGGUUGUAUUUCAAAUCUUAACUUCAUCUGUGCGGCACUGUGUCAUUUGUGUGUAAUCAUAUAGCAUUCACAUUUUAUUAAAAACAUUUUUAAAUCAAAAAGUA